CCACACACUCAACAACAACAACAACAGGAAUCGCGCAGAGUAUUCUCCCGAACACAUCGUCGCCGAUCAGAGAAAGGAUUCGAAAGUGGUGCUGAGCUCCCUUCCAGGCUCAAGCAUGCUGUCAGCUCUUUACACCUCACUGCGACGGCUUCCGUCUUCGCAAGCGGGCUUGCGUCUGCUGACCUCAACGACCGCGGCCGCAGCCGAGCCCAGCACUGCUCCGGACGAAAAUGCCGGCACCGAACCCAAGGUCGACAAAUUGUAUAGGCGACUCGUUCUCGAGGCUCGCGGACACGAUCCAGCAGUUCUCAAGAGCUACAAGUUCUUCGUUCUGGAGACGGCCAGAUAUUUGGACGUUCCCGUUUUCAAGACAUGGGAGCCGCCCAAAGUUCAUCAGCGACGCACCCUGUUGAGAUCCAAUUUCGCCAAGAAGAAGUAUCUCGAAACUUAUGAAGCGAGGACGUAUUUCCAGAUCAUGGAGUUUGAGAGACUGACGGGAUCGACCGCGGAUACCUUUUUAGAGUAUGUCGAAAGGAAUCUGCCUGAAGGAGUGGCGAUGAAAGUCACAAAAGAAGAAAUUAGACCUCUACCUGAAUAUCUUCAGCAUCAGCCGAGGCAGGAAGAAUCCUAGGUGGAGCAUUCAGGCAUUGCGGCGGAAAACGUAUUUUUCAGUGAUCAGAGAGCACUUGAUAAACAGAUGAUAUACUCCUCUCUAA